CUAAAAAGUAGAAACUCAAUUUUGAACAACAAAACAAAAACCAUGUAUACUUCCUCAUCAUCUGUCUCGAUUUCUUCAUCAAAUCUCAAAAUUGGCAUAGUGGGAUUUGGUUCCUUCGCCCAAUUUCUGGCACAGACUAUGAUCAAACAGGGCCAUAAGUUAACAGCAACUUCUCGGACAGAUUACACUGAUCUCUGUCACUCUUUGGGUGUCUCAUUCUUCAGGGAUAUAGAAGCGUUUCUUGAAGCGGAAAACGACGUCGUUUUGAUAUGCACCUCGAUUAUGUCCUUAUCUGAGGUUGUCAAGUCAAUGCCAUUUCAUUGUCUAAAAAGGCCAACCCUUUUCGUAGAUGUACUCUCUGUCAAAGAGUAUCCAAAAACAUUUCUACUGCAAGUGCUUCCUGAAGAGUCAGAUGUGCUUUGUACUCAUCCCAUGUUUGGACCAGAGAGUGGGAAAAAUGGGUGGAAAGGCUUAACGUGUGUGUUUGAGAAAGUUCGAAUAAGGAACCAAUCUACUUGCUCAAGCUUUCUCCAAAUUUUCCAGACUGAGGGUUGCCAAAUGCUGGAAAUGUCUUGCGAGGAGCAUGACAAAGUGGCUGCUAAGAGCCAAUUUCUCACUCACACUAUUGGCAGGGUAUUGUCGGAAAUGGCGAUUGAGUCCACACCUAUGAACACGAAAGGCUUUGAAACACUAAUCCAGUUGAAAGAGAACACCAUGAAGGAUAGUUUUGAUUUGUAUAGUGGGUUAUUUCUACGAAAUAGAUUUGCCAAACAAGAGCUGGAAAACCUUGAACUUGCACUGCAGAAGGUCAAGCAGAAGCUGCUAGAUAGGAUGAAUGAAGAGCAAGAUAUAUAACUGCUGCAACACUAACAUAAGAAUUUAUGUAUGAGAGACUCUGAUUUAAGACAUUUGGUUGAAAAAAUAUAUUUGAUAAACAAAUAUUGUUUCCCAUUGUAGUUGUUCGAAUUGGUUGACAGGUCCAACUGAUAAAGAAGACAUUUGUUUUCUUGUGGUUGGGUGAUUUAUGUGAGAGUAAAUAUUUAUGGUUUGAAAUUUGAAUAACAGUUUGACUAUCUA